AUGCCAAUGAAAAGGACUAGUGGAAGUGCUGUUAAAGAUAACACACUUCAACAAACACAACCAACUAAAAACACCUACAGCGGUGCUGCUGAUGAUUACCCAACAUACACGGAGGACCAAGAGGAUCUUGCAAAAAGCGCUUUCUUUUUUGACAAGUUUGACGAAGAAGAGGAGGAUUCUGGGAUCAAAUCAGAGGCUGAUGAAAGCGUCGGAACGAUCUCCUCAGAAGACGACCUGGACCACCUCGAAUAUUCAAAGCAUUUCUCCUCAAGUCAAACCAUAACAAAGAAAAGCAUCAGUCAGAUCAUCAAGGAUAAGAAGAAACAAACCCAGUUAACCUUACAAUGGCUGGAGGAGAACUAUAUAGUGUGUGAAGGAGUGUGCUUACCUCGAUGCAUACUCUACGCCCAUUACCUCGACUUCUGUCGAAAGGAAAAGUUAGAUCCUGCUUGUGCUGCUACUUUUGGCAAGACAAUACGGCAGAAAUUUCCUCUCCUGACGACUCGCAGGCUUGGCACCAGAGGUCAUUCAAAGUAUCAUUACUAUGGAAUUGGCAUAAGAGAGAGCAGUGCUUAUUAUCAUUCUGUGUAUUCUGGAAAGGGUCUUACAAGGUUCUCUGGGAGCAAACUCAAAAACGAGGGAGGUUUCACACGUAAAUACUCUCUCAGUUCUAAGACUGGAACACUGUUACCUGAAUUUCCGAGCGCUCAGCAUUUAUUACUUCAUGACACCAUUUCAAAAGAGAAGGUCGACACGUUGAUCAUGAUGUACAAAACUCACUGCCAGUGUAUUCUCGACAACGCCAUCAGUACCAACUUCGACGAGAUUCAGAACUUCUUGCUCCAUUUCUGGCAAGGUAUGCCGGAUCAUCUCUUACCUCUGCUGGAGGAUCCGGUGAUCGUGGAUAUAUUUUGUGUUUGCGACUCCAUCCUGUACAAGGUACUGACUGACGUUCUCAUUCCAGCUACAAUGCAGGACAUGCCUGAAAGUCUUUUGGCAGAUAUUAGAAACUUUGCCAAACACUGGGAGCCCUGGAUGGUCUCGUCUCUGGAAAACCUUCCGAAAAUCCUCUCAGAGAAGAAACUGCCCCUCGCUCGUCGCUUCGUCUCGUCGCUGAAGCGCCAGACGUCCUUCCUGCACCUCGCACAGAUAGCCAGACCAGCACUUUUUGACCAAACUGUGGUGACGUCUAUGAUUAACGAUAUUGACAAGGUGGAUUUAAACAGCAUCGGUUCUCAAGCGCUUCUGUCCAACACCAGCGACCAGGACCUGGAUUUCUACUCCGAAUAUGAUUCCAUCUCUGUGUUCCAAGAAUUAAAGGACCUCCUGAGGAAAAAUGCGACUGUGGAGUCUUUUAUCGAGUGGCUCGACUCAGUGGUGGAACAAAAAGUCAUUAAGCCGAGUAAACAGAACGGCCGCUCGGUUAAGAAGAGAGCUCAGGACUUUCUGCUGAAGUGGAGUUUUUUCGGAGCACGUGUGAUGCACAGCCUGACCCUAAACAACGCCACAAGCUUCGGUUCCUUCCACCUCAUUCGAAUGCUUCUUGAUGAAUACAUCCUGCUGGCCAUCGAAACCCAGUUCAAUAACGAUAAAGAGCAGGAUCUCCAAAACCUGCUGGAUAAGUACAUGAAGAACGCUGAUGCCAGUAAGGCCACGUUCACGGCUUCUCCCAGCUCGUGCUUUAUGGCCAACCGUAGCAGGACGGGGAUCGUCUCCAGCGAUUCCACCGUGAAGAACGAGACCCACCCGGAGUUUGCGUUCCUGUCAGUGCUGGGAACACAGGGUCCCCUGGGGGCCAACAUGGUGCUGUACCAAAGCACAGAACCCGACAGCUUUACUCUAUCUGCCCAGGUGAACUACCCCGACAGCGGCGGUCCGUUAAUCACCCCUCCCAUCUCCCCGGCCGUGGCGAACAGAGGCAGCGUGAUCAACCAGGGUCCGAUGGCGGUCCGAUCUCCGAGCGGCUGCCCCCUCCAGCCCCACCAACCCUGCCAGGCUUACUCGGACCCCAUGUGCCAGAGCCUGUCGACCCCCAGCUACUACCCUUCCUUCUCCACCUACCAGCCCACGAGCCUAACGCAGGUCCACACCCCCACGCCGGCCUACCAAGCUCGUGCUGAAUGUGCACGCUACGCCGGAUUCAGCGGCCAGCAGCUAGCCAAGGACUGCUGUACUAGCAGCUGCGCCACAGGACCCUACGGAUCCAGGUCUUUACCGAACGGCUACGCGGCCACGCCCGACACCGGUAUAGAGGCCCAGGCUGUGCAGCUGAUGGAUUCAGGAGGGUACGGGUACGCUGGGAAUGGUGGAGAAAGUUCAGGACCAGCGUAUGCCAGCACAGGACACAUUGGCUUCUACGGGAACAGUGGUUAUGCAGAUCCUCCAAGGAUGGGAUCAUUAAUCGACCAGCACGUAUCCGUGAUCAGCACCGUCUGCUCCACCCGGUCAGUUUCUGCCUACACCGAGGUCAACGAUCCUCUGAACAUCCUGAACGACAUGGCCUGCAGGAAACCCGCCGCUCCGUACUACCCUGCACAGUCGGCUUUAAUAACACGCUCAGCAGGCUCGCCGAUCGCCCCGGCCAUCCAGUGCUCAGUCUCCCAGUGCAUGUACAGCAGCGCUGCCCAGUAUCACCACUCCCAGGAAGCACUGCUGCUGCACCACAGCAGCACCGAGGUGCGGGACAUGGUGUCCUCCCUGCCCCCCAUCAACACUGUAUUCAUGGGGUCGACCGGAGGACCACCGUGAUCAUAAAUAUAUAUAUACUGAUCUAUAGUGAAUAUAAAGUAUUAAUAUAAGUAUUAUUAGUGUAUAGACGGAUGUAGGUUUUGGACACAAAUUAUAUAACGUUUGUGUACGUGAUUUAUAACGUUUAGAGUCGGGGAUGAACUAUCCUACACGUAUGAAUGUAUUUUAUUAGUUGUUAUAACUUUAUUAAGUUAAACUAGUUUUAAAAAAUAUGUUGUUAUUU